GUAAGCAAAAAGUCACUCAGUGUUCACACUGCUAAGGAGUAUCAUUCAGAUCAAACUUUUCUUCUAGACUUUUUGCUAUUAAUGCUACAUUUCAAACUUCAGGUUUCCAGAAUGUGUUGAAAUGUGUUUUUACUCAAUUUUUGAUAUUAAAUUGAUGAAGUGAGAAUGACUGUUUCAUAUAUACCAAAUUCAUAUAGUUGAAGUGGAUGCUGUUGUUGAGAACAUAGUGUACUUUCUCCAACCCUCCUCAGAAUUGUACUGAAUUAGUGUUGUCUGCUACAGUACAUCAAAGCAGGUUAGUGCCUAAUUCUUAGGAGAAAAUGUUGACUUUUGUCCUUAUCUUGUUGAGUUUCCCAUAGAGCCACUAACAUGUUUUGCAGCUUCUUGUAAGAAAUGUUUGUGCAAGGUCAAAGGAUAAGCUCUCCUAGUUUCUUGUGUUUUGUGCUGGUCAAAAGUUCGUGUCUAGGGAAUGCUGUUGUGAGGUGAGGACAAACACUUGAUGCUUAUAAUGGAUUGGUGCCUGGAGCAGUAUUACAGAGUUUUCUUGGAGGCUUGUUCAGUUCUGUUGGUGAGAUUGAUGUUAUUCUUAAUGAUGCUGAAACACGAAAAACAGCAGAAAUCAAAACAGAAGAUGGUAAAGUAGAAAAGCAUUUUCUCUUCUAUGAUGGAGAAUCUGUUACAGGAAAGGUGAACGUUUCCCUUAAGCAUGGGAAGAGACUAGAGCACCAAGGAAUUAGAAUUGAAUUUGUGGGACAAAUUGAGCUCUUCAAUGACAAAAGCAAUACCCACGAAUUUGUAAACUUAGUGAAAGAACUGGCCUUACCCGGAGAACUGACCCAAAGCAGAAGCUAUGACUUUGAAUUCAUGCAGGUUGAAAAGCCAUAUGAAUCCUACAUUGGUGCCAAUGUCAGACUGAGGUAUUUUCUGAAAGUAACGAUAGUGAGACGGCUGUCAGACUUGGUAAAAGAAUAUGAUCUGAUUGUUCACCAGCUUGCUACGUACCCAGAUGUGAACAACUCCAUUAAAAUGGAAGUAGGCAUUGAAGACUGUCUGCAUAUAGAGUUUGAAUACAAUAAGUCAAAGUAUCAUUUAAAGGAUGUGAUUGUUGGAAAAAUUUAUUUUCUCUUGGUGAGAAUAAAAAUUCAGCAUAUGGAGUUGCAGCUGAUCAAAAAGGAGAUUACUGGAAUUGGACCCAGUACCACAACAGAGACUGAAACUAUUGCAAAGUAUGAAAUAAUGGAUGGUGCACCCGUUAAAGGUGAAUCAAUUCCCAUAAGACUGUUCUUAGCAGGCUAUGACCCAACUCCAACAAUGAGGGAUGUGAACAAAAAAUUUUCAGUGAGGUACUUCUUAAAUCUAGUGCUUGUGGAUGAAGAAGACAGACGGUACUUCAAACAGCAGGAAAUAAUUUUAUGGAGAAAGGCUCCUGAGAAGCUGAGGAAACAACGAACAAACUUUCACCAGCGAUUUGAAUCUCCAGAAUCACAAACAUCUGCUGAGCAACCUGAAAUGUGAACUCAUAUAAGGUGAAAAACUUUGUGAUGCUUCAGCAGGUUAAAGGUGGCAGCAGCCUGUGGGAAAAGAAGGCCAGAAUUCCCAUUACAACUGUCUUCCUUCAUCUUGCAGUGCUGCAUUUACCAUACUACUAAAGCGUUCUUCAGUUAAACAUUCAAGUAUGUAUAUACAUUUAAAAUAAAGUGCUUUCUCAAACACUGGAACUUUCUUAAGCUAUAUUUUAUACUGCACAUUUACUUUUAUUUGAUAAUGUUAUAUGCACUUGGAUAUGCAUAAUCUUAAAUCUAAUUAUUUCCAUGCAUGGUAGGCUGGUAUAUUUGAUUUUUGCUGAUCACCUAUACAGUGUAGACUAAAGCAUUUCCCUUCUCAUGUUGUUUAUUGCAUGUUUCUUUCCAAUGUUGCUUAUUUCCAUUUGUUUUGUUUUGAAACUACAGUAAGACACAAUUGACUAAAUCACACUAAAAAUUGAGGUUUACAGUGAGAUUGUGUCCUAAGACACUUGUCCUAAGACUUCUAAUUACUAUGUUAGACAGGGUUUAACUGAAACUGCAUGUAUAUGCACUAUAACUGCGGAGUCUUUGGGCACCUUACCAAGGUUUCUGAGAAGCUUUGAAUCUGUCAGUAGCGAAGAAUGUUAGGAAGCAUCUUUGCCCUCCUUCCCCUAAUUCUCUCUCUGCCAUGCUUCUCUAAGCCUUUUGUGUGAGUCACUCCUGACUUUUGGGUGCUCAUUGCCUGGUAACGAGCAAUGUAGAGAUGUUGUCAUGAUUUCACCUUCAGGUGGUGAGUGGGUAAAGUAUUUGAAGGUAAUUAUCUUUAUUGAUGAAAUAAAUGCUGGUGUAACAUGGAUUAUUUUGCAAAUACGUGAAACUAUGAUUCCUCCUGGCUUCAUGCUUCCACUGUCUUCAGAGUCUGUCGUCUCAUUGUCCUGACAGGAGAGACAAAAUGUCCUCAAAGGACAUCCUCCUCCUAGUCCAUCUGGGCCUGUUAUGAGGGCACGCAAGCUCUUUGUGGUCUUCUGGAAAGGUAUUUUGAAGCCAGGCAAGCCUUAAAACUGUUAGAAGCUUGUCUGGCACAGCAGAUUGUUUCUCUUAAUCAUCUCAUAUGCAUUUAGUGUUUGAAGAAAUAGCUUAAAAGAAGUUAGCUUUCAUCUGUUCAUAACUGAGCAUGCAGUCUGUUAUCAGACACAUGACUUGGGCAUGAAAUGAAGCCUGCUGUGUGGAAGGCUACUUGUGCUUGUAGUUCACUUGGUCUUUAAACCAAGGCUUCUCAACUCUGGUGCAAGUGUCAUUGGUAACCUUACUUUAUGAGUAAGUAACUAAUCAAAUUACAUUUCUGUAAGAACUGUUUUAUUACUGUGGCACUUUGAUAAAGCAGACAAAGAUGCUGUACUUUAUGCUGGUAUACUUCUAACGUGGAUAUCUUUGAGAGCAAAUUCAACUCCCUCAUGUAAGUGCCUGUUCAGAAAUUUAAAGUAAAAAGCCAAAUAUUUUCAUGGUCACUUUCAUGUUGUAACCUGGAAAUGAUUCCAAGAGAUUUUGAAAACUUGAUUGUAUUUAACCAGCCUCAGAUUGUGCAACCAUGUGUAACAACCGGGAAACAUACUGAGCUGCUCUUUGAAUUAUUAAAACAGCUGUAUUCUCACUAA